AACUCUCCUCUCCUCUUUCACUCUCUCCCCUCUCCCGCCUCGCCUUUUACUGUGCUCGCCCUACAUACUAACUCGCGCCGACCCGUUUGCCACUCUGGCACGCAAACGACAACGACCGUGUUCUCGUUAUCCUCCUCAACCCCCGCCUCCUAUGUUACGCCGUUGACGAUAUCGAACGCCGUCGACGAUUCCAUCCAUCUACUGCGCACCGAUUCCUCGAAUCCGUCGCCAUGUCUGGCACUGCUGAAGGCGCACAUGCGAACCACGGCGGUUUCGACUUGCUGCGGCGAGCCACGCAGGCGAUGAUGUCAAGGUACGUAGUGGGUGGUGCUUCCUUUCUUACCCCCCCAUUCGUUGCUCCAAAAAAAAAAAAGAACAAGAACCAUUCGCCGUCGGACAACCCCUCCUUACUUCUCCGCAUACUGCCUGGCGCUACGUUACCCCCCCUCCAUCACAGGCAUUUUUUUUAUGGCUGCUAUUUCUUGCUUGAUUUGCAUUCCACACAGAGCCCUCAUCCGUGUACCAUGUGGAAGAUGGAAGGUCUUGCAGUUGCAUUGCCCCGAGCGAGGCUGAGACACGAGAUGACGCUUCUCUGUUUGCUGUCGACGCUGCGGCGGUUGUUGUCACCCCCGCCGAUCCGCGCUUCUGCGAUUUAGAGGCGGCACCAGCGCGUGGUGGCGCACCUCGUUCCGAUGGGCUGCCGUCAAGAAAGGCUCAAGGCAAAGACAGCCGCCAGCGCCUAGUCGGGCUGGGCGACCGACGGAUGGUCCGGUCGGCACCGCGAGUCAGCGUGUCAUACCGGUGGCUCGGCCCCUCCCUCUCUGCCUCGCAGGCUCACAGCGACCAUGAUUGCCUGGCCAUGGGCUUUCCGGUGGCUUCUACCUACCGCCGGCUGGCUCUUUGGUGCUGGGAUGUGUCUGUCGUCCAUGCGCAGGGGAGGAGCCGAUGAGCACUCGAACAGCUCGCCGCCAUGAUGCUCCGCGCACACCACCAAUAGAGCACAUCUACGUAUCAAGAAGCGACCCUGCCUACCACGCAAGUGCGUGCCUUUCGGCUUCGCGUCAGGAUUACCAAUGCCGCCGGGCUAUUGAGGGUGAGCGGCGCCUCGAGCACGCGCAUGGGCGAUCCCCGAGGCUUUGAUAUGAUGAUGGGGCCUGUUGUUGUCCCUUCGGCUGACGAGAGCAAUGUUCUGGUACAUGCCGGAUGCAUCUCUCGACAUGGCCUGUCUCAUUCCUCAGCUAUCUUUACGCUCUUCAUGCACGUCCAGACCCGCACACUUGAGGACAACAGGCGUCGCUUCACCCGGCGAAGCCGUCGUUUGACCAUUGGGUCUCAGGGCCGAGGCAGCAGACCAAGGCAGCAGACCAAGGCAGCACGCUUGCCUUUCCGCUUAUUCAGAGCAGUCCAUGAUGCCCCGACACACAACACCCGUCAUGUCCCCUUUCAAUUCGACGUCGAUUUGCCUUGUCUGGCAAGCGCUUUGACUCGGGUCGCGUUAUGACUCGACUGCGGUGCAUGCCGACGGCAAUCAUGGCGCCAUCGGCGGCCAGUGGCGGGGGAGCAACCCAGAGCUGUGGAAGAGCGCCUAGGCGCUGGAAACUUGCCCGGCUGCCUCCCCUCGCACCACUGCGCGCACGCGCUGCAAGCGCCGGAGACUGGUCCAUGUUUGCCCUCAGCUUGGGCCAGCGGCACCUCCGUUCCAGGCAGGCCCAGCCCUUCACCGUCAUCGUCGGGUCGGCUGCCUCACUGCAACUUGGAGCUCGUUCGUUGCGGGUGCUGGGUGAAACCAAAUUCCCCCUCCCACCUUCUGAAGCAGCCCCGGGCUAGCAGCGCUGUGGCUCUUGCUGAGACGGGAUGGUGCUACCGCCACUCCACUGUUCAUCAAGGCGCGCUGGCAUCCAUUUAUUAAGGUGGUGCCUACAGUGGGCUGUACAGUAACUACAGUAUACCUACUAUGGAUCCCAAGCGGUUGCUGCAUCCUCCUUCUCCACUCUUCCACAUGGCGGCGGCGGAGGAGGCGGCGGCAUCCCCCUACCAAGCCAAGCCAAGUGCUUCGCUUCGUGCUAGCAGCAGUGGGAGGAGGCCCUUCCUUAUGACUGGAUGGAGAUGGAGCAAAAUUCGUUCGACGGGACUCGGGGUCGGGCUCCUCUCGUCAUCGGCUCCUGUCGCCCUGCCAUGGUAUGCUGAGUAGUACCUUACUACUGUGCCUACGGCGGUUGACUCCAUUCUCAUAGUCCGCUCUCGGACGUGCUCUUUUCUUUGCUCCGUCUUUUCCCUUCGCACGCACGCCCUCUCACGCCCUCGCACGCCCGCACCCAUACCAUCGUCACUGCAUCAUCCCCCUGCGCUGUCUGUCUGUCGUCGCCGGCCCGUCCGUUGCAGCCCAACAGCACUCAAAGACGUCGACUCCAAUUCACUGCAGUGACGUGCAUCGGCGGAGCCUUUGUCCUCUGUCUUCCCUUGCGCAUUUUACCUUUUGACCCGUUCAUGACCACCUCUCGCGCCUGUUCUGCACCGCCUGCUUAGGCUUCACCUACUCGGCAACCUUUUUUCCCUCUCCCCCUCUCCCCUCCCCCUCCCGCUUCCUCUCUUGGCAGUCGGCAUGGACUAGUGUCGCCGCCGGAGAGCCUGGGCUUAUAAUAUUUCCUCCAUCCACCCCCGCCACCUAUUGUUCGCGAACAACUUCUCCCGGCCAUCCUUCUAUCUUGUCACCGCCCCAUUGUUCAGCGUCUUCUCCGCCACAAUGCCAGGUAUUAACCCGAUCGCCAGAACUGCCGCGACCGACGAUGAGGGCGUCGAUCAAAUCGGCUCCGACACGCCGCGCUCCGGCAUCGCCACCCCUCAGCCCGACCUCCAGGACAAGCGGCUGCCCGGAAUAAUGAGUUACUUCGGCCAGGUUCGUCCAGACCCUCCUGCAACCGAGACCUCUUCCCACCCGCCGCCCGUCGAGCACGCCGCCCUACGAGAACAUGGAGAGAAGAACAAGGGCGCCUCGGCGACGUCGUGUCAAUCGCAGGUUUCUGCCCAGAGCUCCGUGCACUGUGGCGGCCGGACAAGCCACGAGGCCCAUCCGUCUCUGCCAUCGCAUGGGACCGAACCUGCGAGACCGUCGCGAGCCCUCUCUCAUCCCUAUCCCACUCCUCCCGCUUCACAACCCUCUUCUUCUGGCGGCUCCAUGACGCAAGACGUGAGCUUGAGCUUGUCCAACGCCCACGCGCGCGCUGCCUUUACGGUCGGCUCGCGCACGGGGAAGGAGUCGCUCGAGGAGGGCCGAUCCCAAGCUUCCGACGCCUUGUCAGAAGUGGCGGCCUCGGCCGGUCAAAGUGGCCGUCGCUCGACGUCGCCCCAGCAGCCCACUCCCUUGUCUACUUCUUUGGCAACGGCACCCGCGAGCUCGAGCAAAUGGUUUUCUCUUGAGGGACUCAAAGAGCUAACUCGUGGCACAAUUUUCAAGAGCGGUCCACCGACUCCCACGAGAGCAUUGUCUGCUGCUCACUCUUCCCAAUCAGACGGCAGAGACACGCCGGGACGGACCAGCCACGAUGGUGCUGAGCAUAGCGGCACCCAGACCCCUCGCAACUCGACGUCUGCCGGCGCUCAGGUGCCUUUGGCGAGGGGCAAACUCACAAUCAAGAUUGUCGAGGCGCGGGGUCUGCGGAAAUGUCGUGACCCUUAUGUCGUCGCCGUGUUUCAGCGCAGCGAGCUAAUUUCGGGCGGGCCGAGGCCGUCCGAAGAGGAUGAGCACAAUCUGAACGCGCCGACGUCUGUCAUUGGCAGCAUCCCGAUCCAGCGCCAGGGUAGUGACUCAGGUCGCCCCAUGGCCAUUCCGAUGCGCAGCCGUCAGAGCAGCAACACUAGCAUCACCGAUUAUAAUACAUUUCGGAACCGAACGACUCGCACUCCCUCCUCGAACCCAAAGUGGGAUGCCGAGGCCGUCUUUGACGUCGUCGAUUCCGACAUGGCGGUAGCGAUUUCCGUAUACGACCACAUGACUACGGGCGAAGAAUUCCUGGGACAAGUCGAUUUCCAAGCGUCGCGAGACGACCACAGCACCAUGCGCAGUUGGUACACGUUGAAGGGCCACGCCGACACAGUGGCCGAGGACGCCCCGACGGGCGAAAUAUACGUUGAAUGCCUAUACCAGCGAUCGGAGAAGAAGCAAUUUGGCCCAAGUGAUUUCGAAAUCCUCAAGCUCAUCGGAAAGGGGACCUUUGGGCAAGUUUAUCAGGUUCGGAAGCGCGAUACGCAGCGCAUCUACGCCAUGAAGGUGCUGCAAAAGAAGGUCAUUGUGCAGAAGAAGGAGGUUGCCCACACCGUGGGAGAACGCAACAUCCUCGUGCGAACGGCCAUGUCGGAUUCGCCCUUCAUUGUUGGCCUCAAGUUCUCGUUCCAGACGCCGUCGGAGCUGUAUCUCGUGACAGACUACAUGUCGGGUGGCGAGCUGUUCUGGCACCUGCAAAAAGAGGGUCGCUUCGACGAAAGGCGAGCCAAGUUCUAUAUCGCGGAGCUGAUCCUUGCGAUCCAGCACCUUCACAACAACGAUAUCGUGUAUCGCGACUUGAAGCCUGAGAACAUCCUCCUCGACGCCAAUGGCCACAUCGCGUUGUGCGACUUCGGCCUCUCCAAGGCCAACCUGACGAAGAACGACACCACCAACACGUUCUGCGGUACUACGGAAUACCUGGCGCCCGAGGUCUUGUUGGACGAGUCUGGUUACACCAAGAUGGUCGACUUCUGGUCCCUCGGCGUUCUCGUCUUCGAGAUGUGCUGCGGCUGGAGCCCGUUCUACGCCGAGGACACGCAACAGAUGUACAAGAACAUUGCCUUCGGCAAGGUCCGGUUCCCUCGGGACACGCUCUCGCAAGAAGGGCGCAACUUCGUCAAGGGGUUGCUUAACAGAAACCCCAAGCACAGGCUCGGAGCGACAGAAGACGCCAAGGAGCUUAUGCAGCAUCCCUUCUUCGCCGACAUCGACUGGGACCUCCUGGCCAAGAAGCUCAUCACACCGCCGUUCAAGCCUAAGCUCAAGUCUGAGACAGACGUCUCGUACUUUGACCCCGAGUUCACCACCGCCCUGGAACAGAACGGGUCGCUCAACGAGCGUGCGGCUGCCCUGGCCAGAGGCUACGCCGCCUCGACGCCGCUGUCCCCAUCCGUGCAGGCCAACUUCCAGGGCUUCACCUUUGUUGAUGAGAGUGCGCUCGAUGAUCACAUGAAGGAUCGGUUCCGCUCAAGUGACGACGACAUGGAUGACGCCCACGGCGCUGCCAACAAUGAUGACGACGACUGGGACAAUCUCGACGACAUUGAUCCGCGCAAGGCAAAUCGAAUGAGCGGUAUCGUCAAGACGUCCCACCACGACGAGCACCUGGUCGGUGGGUCGCAUUUUGACCCGUAAGUGGCUGCCAGCGUGCACUAUUAUCUCCGCGACGGACCGGGAUAGUUCUCAGUCGGAAAAAGUCCAGGGUGAGGUUUCAUUAGUCUCACAAGGGGGGUGCACAAAAAAAUCUAAUCAGGGUAUCAUGCAUCGGAGGUGGGCGGCCGGGUAUUGCAUUUGCAUUGUGUGCAAGGGCAGCGGAGCUUAUGAUUCUGGCGUUCCGGUGUCGAGGCGAGGGGGACGCUUGUGUUGUUGAACGGGCCCCCGUGGCUGUUUGGCUGUCACUGUCAGCAAGAUUUAGGAAGCAACGUUCGCGCAUCCUCAGCUGCUGCAAGUGUCGCCCAUGUGUCCUUAUAUCUGCUUUCGCGGGGAGGGCUGACUGGUCUGGUCUUGUACUGUAUUCCAUUCCGCAUGAUGAACAACGGCCAUUGGGCGACCUUUCAUCUGCUUUGUGUUUGUCUAGGGGAAGGAGCACGGUUCAUCGCAUAUUGGGCGAGAGGGGGGCGUUGCCGGUGUCCGAAGCGCGCGCUGGGCGCAAACAGCCGCGCUGGGGAGGGAACGAGCGGGCGACGCACGAAGAAAAAAAAGAAGCCCGUCUAGUUUGAUGAUGAGCGGCAUGGGGAUCAAUGGGAAGAUGGCCGGGCCAGCUUGAUGUGCUGCGUACCCUACCUACCUAUCCAGGUGCUCGGGGGGCAUCGGGGGGCACUUGGGUAUGUAUGUUGGUACGCAGAUAUAAGAGGUGUUGAGUCGCCAACACACACAUUUAUAUAUAUAUAUUGCAUGC